UUCUCCAACACUUCCUUUGCUAGCUAAGCUUCCCUCGUUCUCAAACUCAUGUUCCAUUAUUUAUUCGUCUUGUAGCAGCAUUAUACUAUAUUCCCCGUAUCCCCCAUCUUUCUUUACACACUCCCUUUCCCCUCUCAAUUUCUCACACUUUUUUUCUUUUCUUCUGGUUUUCUUUUUCCUUCUUUUCCCUCCCUCGGCCAUCCCUUCCCCUGGGCUCUCCAGAACUCCGCCUUUGCUGAGUAAAGUAAAGGACUCGGCCCAGACUUGCCUUAUAUGGCAGCGCACUGACGGCAGCAGUGUGGAGGUUGGUUUUGUGAAAGGGAAGCCCACCUAGCAUUGUUACUAUCCCCUGCCUGGAAUGUGAUGUCUGAGCCCUGCACUGCAGGGAAGGGAAAAGGAGAAGGGGGGGAAAGGAUCUGGGAAAGGAAACCACUUUUCUAAGGAACAUUACACGCUUUACAUAUAUUUCAACUGUGGGAUUGCUGAUCACCCUGUAGCAAGGCUGUUAUUGUAAGGAACUGCUGAAAUGUGUUACAUUGGUUUGUGAACAUCUACUCAGAACAGGAAUGUAGGACCUAUAAAAGGUGAAGAUGAUCCCUGGAUGUCCUAAAAAGUGUGCUCAUCAAGAAGAGAAAGGAUAAUUAUUAGACUAUUUUUAUAUAAAUAUCCAUAUCUGAAACAAAAUUGCAUACUGAUUCUUUGACCGCUAUCCACUUACUGUUGAAAAUGGAGCAUUCAAGCCGUCAUCUACGAUUUAAACUGCAAAGCCUUGGUCGUCGCCUUGAUGAGCUAGAAGAAGCGACCCGAAAUCUUCAGAAGGCAGAGGAUGAAGUUUUGGAUCUUCAGGAUAAAAUUAUUCAAGCAGAGGGAAGCAACUCUAGUAUGCUGGCAGAUGUUGAAGCUUUGAGAAAACGUGUUCUUAAGAUUGAAGGAAAAGAUGAAGAGAUAAAGAAAGCAGAAGACAUGUGUAGGUUGCUGAGGGAGAAGUUAGAAAAUGAAGAAAAUGUGACCCAUGAACUUCGGUCAGAAAUUGAGCAACUCCAGAAAAGAAUGACUGAGCUGGAGAAGUUAGAAGAAGCUUUUGGCAAAAGCAAAAACGAUUGCACUCAAUUAUGCCUAAGUUUAAAUGAAGAAAAGAAUAUGUCAAAGAAGUUAUCAUCUGAACUGGAAAUCCUGCGUAACAGAGUUAAAGAACUGGAAACUUCUGAAAGUAAACUGGAUAAAGCUGAGCAACUUUUAACAAGUGAACUGGAAAAAAUUAGGGCUUUGACAAUUAGCUUUGUUAAUGAAAGGAAAUGUUUUCUAGAAAAGGAAAAGCAAAAUGAAAAAUUAAUUCUAGCGCUCAAGGAGCAGUUAGACUUAAAAGGGAAAAUGCACACAGAAGACCAAACCAAAAACCAAUCUAAUCUUUUGGGGAGGUCCUCUAAUCAGCACCUCAACCCUGAUAACUUGAAAAUUGAAGAUAACCUAACAUCUAAGUAUUCUCAAAGAAUUGGGUUAGACUUCAUCAAGCAGUCAGAAAAUCAAACAAGCAGCAGAAAUGAAAAUGAGAAAAACAAAGAUCAAGAAGAUAAUAAAAUUAAAGAUCUGCAGCAAGAAAUUGAGAAACUUAAGAAUCAAGUCAAGCAGUGUGAGAAUGUUGAAGAAGAGUUAAAACAAUUGAAGGAGAAAAACUGUGAGCUACAGGAUACGGUUAAUGAACAGAAUAAAACCAGACAGUUGACCAGUGAAAUAGAGGCAUUCAAAAAACAGUCAAAUCAAUUCAAGGAAGUAGAAAAUGGAGUUCUUGACAGUGAAGAAUUAGAUUUGCAUAGCAAAGUUAAAAAUGAACGAGGAAAGUAUAAAGGUUUAUCAUCUGAGCCCUCUAUUUCAAAAUCUACAGCCCUAGAGUUAUCUCCUCCCUUGUCAAGAACAGAGAGGUAUCGCCAUCAAAAUUCCGAUUCUCAUUCUAAGAGGCAUCUAUCAAACAGUAGCUCAGGUAGCAGGAAAUAUGUUAGAUCCAAUGUGUUGGAUUCAAAUUUAGUUAGUGUUAAGAAAUCUGAAGAUAAACACUCAGUUGCAUCACAUAUAACAGGGCUAAAAGAGUUUGUACCAAGUCAUAAUGAAAAUAAAAAAGGUAAAGACCAACCAUCUGUCUUAAGUCGGUAUCCACCAGCUGCACAAGACCAAAGCAUCCAAAAGGCCUGGAAAGGGUCUGCAAGUAGGAAAAAUGAUAGAUUCACAAAAUUGUUUGGGGAAGACUACUCUAUUAAGACAGUAGAAAAUAUAACAAAAGAAUGCAUCUCAGUUGAAAAGGAUGCUAAAGAUUCUGGUGUCAACUUAGACAUUAAAGUCGCAAGUCUUUUGGAAGAAGUUGGCUCACCUGAAAACCAAUUAUCCACUUCUAAUACAGAAGUAGCUAUCUGCAGUUCUGAAGAAGCCACUGCCUCUGAUCAUAUUAAAACGAAUAGUCUAGAAGACCAACCUAAACCAACUGUAAAAUCUGAAAAAAAUGACAUUAAGGAUACCACAGCUCAGAAUCAUUCUUUCAAGUAUACACACUUAUCAAGGAGCCAAGAUAGCACCUCACAAUCUUUAGAUACUGCGCAAACCACAAAAUUAGCACAUUUAGAUGAAAUAGAGACAGUGACCCAACCAGGUCAAGAAUCAAAAAGAUUAGGCUAUAAUAAAGACAAGACAAAAUUAAGAUCCUCGUCAAAACCCCUCAUUCCUGAGAAACCUAGUCUUUUUGAAACUACCAGCCAAAAAGAUGUUGAGAAAAGGAAUUAUAAUUUGUUUUCAAAAAAACAGUAUAGUCCUAAAGAAAAAUCAAAGUUUAAAGGGGAUAACAAAAUGUCUCAUUUAGAAGAUAAUCUAAUUGUUCAAAAUGAUGGUGCUUCUGAAAAACCCAUGAAAAAGUCUUCUGACAACUCAACAAUCGCUGAAACCAGUUCACAUAUUGAAACAAAGGCAAGACCAUGUAGUCCAAGGGAAGCAUUGCAAUCCACAAUGAUCAUUAAACCUGUUAUCAUUGAAAAGGAUGUGAAAGAAGUUAUGAGUAGUCACAGAGCAAGAUCCAGCCCAGAACUGAGUAAAUCUCAGACAAACUCUGUGCCAAAUAAAGUAAUGAGUAGCAUAACCAUCUACCCGUCUGAAUCCACCUAUUCUAUAUCUAGUAUAGAAGAGACCCCGAAAGAGAGACAUACUUCUACCAGUAACAUAAGGCUCUCUGCAAAUGAACACUCAUUGUUAACAAACAAUAUCAGUGUUCCCUUUGAAAUCUCAAUUAACAAAAAGGACAUGUCCGUAAGGGUAGCUGAUAAGGAUAACUGUUUUGAGAAUGAGACUUUCAAAGUUUCUAAUACUAGUGAUGUUAAGGAGAAAAAAGCAAAUAAUGAUUUUAUUGAACCAAUUUACUGGAAAAGUCAUGACCUGACUGAAGGAAAUCAUUUGGACAAUAAACCUGCAAAAUCAAGAAGCUCUUGGAGGAGGAGUGUGUUGGGAUCUACUGAAGAACUAGAUUUAUUGACUGAGCGUAAAGACACAGAUGUAGAAAACAGAUAUAGGCGGAAGUCAUAUUUUGAUGAGGACAGACCAACAAGGAUACAUAGUCGUGAACAACACUCUUCCAGAAGAACAAGUGCUUUAACAAACAGUUGGACUACUCCAGAAUUCGUAUCCAAACGGAGCCAAAGCAGUUUAACUGCAACUGAAAUUUCAAGGAAAAGUAACAUAUAUGAAUCCUCCUUAACAUCUGGACUGGUUUCCAGGUAUUCUCACAGCUUGCAGGAGGAUCCGGAUGAUUUUCUUAGCUAUAGACGGAAGCAGUAUAGCUCUGAAAAAUCUAAAAGUGACUAUGGGGGAAGGAAACCGUCUUCCAGGCUGGAACUCAAGCAAGAACGUCAUCAGAAAGGCAUGGUGGAGGAGAGGAUACGGCAGUUACAGCACUGAUCUGGAAACUGAAGACCUAGAAAUACCAGAACAACACUCCACUUAAUGGCCGAGACACUGCUUGUUUGUCAGAUGCUUCCCCUGCACAUUUCCUUCCAAACAUUCAAUGGACCUCAAAUAAUUUGUAUAAUUUUUAUAAUAUAUUAUUUAGCUUUACCAGCAUACUUCGCAAGGGAUACAUGUGCAUGGUCUCUCAGGGUAAUAAGAAGGGCCCACGUAUUAAAAAUGUAUAUAAUGAUAAGUACUAAAAAUGGCUCUUGGGUUAUAUAUAUAUAUAUAUAUGUAGAUUUUUAUAUAUGAAAAAACAUGGUUUGCAUGGCUACUGCUCUUAAAAUGUGUCGGUACUAAAAGUACUUUUUAAAAAAAAAAUCCACUUUAACUUAUAAAAGACAUGCUGGACAGUAAAAUAUUUUUGUGCAAGUUUUAUGUACAGUGCAGUUCCAUAGAACUGAUCCAAAGCAUGUAUCGUUGUAUAGAUAACAAAUGUAUUUCUUACAAAACAAAUUAAUGUAUAUGUAAAUAGGAGCAAGGAGGAGAAACACAUGCGCAUGUCAAGUAUUCCAUGUUCCUUUCAGCUUUAAAAUGUCUCCAUAUGAAACUGAUAAAGACAGCACGUGUAUUGUAAUCCUGAUCUCUCUUCCACAGCAAAACCAUAUUUUAUUGUUGUGUUUUAAGCCUUUUAUUUUAAUUAAAUUCAAAAAUGUAUGCAAAACUACCCAAUAAAAUUGGUGGGUCUUAUGUGUAUUUUUUUUUUUUUACUUUAUUGCUAUUAAAAAGAAGCUUUAAAAAAUCAUAAA